AUGCCCGUCCCCAACCGCUCUCACCGCCAGCGCGCCGCCCCGUCCGCCGCGGCCUUUGAAGACCCGGCCCUAACUAUAACAUCAACCAGGAUCGCAAGGCUGCCUUCGCCUCACUCUGACGCUGUUCCAUCGCAACAGUCAUUCAGAUGCUCUGGAGGCUCAAUCAGGACCUUCGGCCCCGGAAAUGCUUCUAGGGAACUCGCUCCUUGGCCUUGGAAAUCUCGACAAAUCAAUACCCUGAUUGGCGCUGGUUAUCAACCCGCAUUUGAACCCAGCGCUGCCUGCAACAUCCCCGGAGAAGACCAAACAGGGACUAAAGUAAAGAAGAAGAUGGCCGAACCAAGAGCCCGUGCCGCUAGGCACAAGGGUCAGAUGAACUUUCCGUCUGAAUGUUGGUUUUCUUCAAUCGCUGUCUCGUGGUACCUACACUAUGACGUCGAAGCUAAUCGCGGUACUAUUCUAGUGCGUCUACUUCUCCUAGCCUACGGAGAUCCAGCCCCUCAUCCGUCGUUCCCAUCUGAACCCCUCCCCGAAACCGUACGUGUGCUCGAUGAAAUAGUCACCGACUUCGUGUUAGAGAUGUGCCAUGGCGCCGCGCAGCAUGCAAACUAUUCGCGCCGGCAAAAAAUCAAAGUUGAUGAUUUUCGGUUUGCGCUGCGACGGGAUCCGAACAAGCUUGGUCGUGUGCAGGAGCUUCUGCGCAUGGAGCGCGAGUUGAAAGAGGCCCGGAAGCAGUUCGAUCAGAACGAUGACCAGGUUGGCAACCUCAAGGAUGCUGCUGGGAAAAAGGGCCUUGAGGACCUAGACGAUGAUGGAAAGAAGUCGAAAGGUAAGGGGAAGAGGGGUGUUAGGCGGAAUUCAGAUGCUACGGAGGAUGCGUCGACGGUGAAAAAGAGGAAGGUUUAA